GCUGGAGGGCCCGCCAGCCACAUGUGGCACGUCUGCUCUGGCCCCCCUGGCCAGGCAGUGCAUACUUGCUCCCCCCGGGCUAUGAUGUGCCCCCCCCCCCACGGCGGGGGUUGAGGAGGAGGAGGUGGGGGGAGGGAGCGCCAGCCCCGCCUUCCCGGGCUCCAGGGGCGGAGGGAAUCGCCGCAUUGGCCACGGGCUGGCUGGCCGGGGCGGAGUCCCGGAGGCCGGCCGGCAGCAGCUGCGGUGGCGGCGGCAGAGGCAGAGACGGCGACUGGUGGCGACCCUGGGGCCCGGGGGGACGGGGUCGCGAUGGGCGUGGAGAUCGAGACCAUCUCCCCAGGAGAUGGAAGGACAUUUCCCAAGAAGGGCCAGACCUGUGUGGUGCACUACACAGAUCCUUCAGCUAAUUCUGUGACACGGUCACCCUCCUGCAGUCAGUGCCCUGCUUAUCGGUGCUCUUCUUCACCCUCCGUGCCCAGAACUACACUCAGUGCUCCAGGUGGGGUCCGGCCCUCCCAGGGCAGUCACCCAGCUCGUUCCCUCUCCAGUGCUCAACACCAUCCAUCUCUUAUGGUAGCUAAGGAUGGCAUUCGGUUUUUGGCUACCAACUCACACUGCUAACUGAGCUGGCAUCCAUGCAGACCCACAGGUCCUUUUCAGACAAACUGUUGUCUGGUAGCCCCUUUACUUCCUGUCUGUUCAGAAAAAAAGCCAAUUUAAUGUUUUGUGGUGUUCAGAAUUCCCUGUGUACAAGGGCUUCACACUCUCUUCUUGAAAAAGCAUUCAUAAGAUCCGGGCAGGAGGAUCCACGAGCCUCAGGCCCCUUUGAUUCCCUUCACCAUGAACCACUUUCAGACUACUUUUGCCUGUUCUCCCACUAAAGUCACCGAGAAUCAGGAGCAUCUCCAGAUGCGUGCAUGCAGAGUUCAAAAAGCAGGUCGAGCUCUUUGGACAGUUCCCUACUUUUCCACCCCUGUGGCAGAUGUUGAGCCUCAGAUCCACGUGCUGAUGUCCACAAUGCACACAGCCACUGCAGACGCCCACAGCUCCUAAGACACAAUGUCCGCUGACUCGAGUCAUUGCUUAUUCACCUGUGCCCUCCUUGGUCUCACUCACGAUGAGGAUGCUGACUGCAUGAAAGCACGCAGUGAGCCGUUGCUAUGUGCCAGGCCCUAUGGACAUAAAGGGACGGAUGAGGCUCGGGUCUUCUGGUCAGGCAUCCCGUUAGUCAGUGGGAGCUCUGGGACUCUGUGCCCGAGGGCCCCCUUGUCCCCACUGUCCCUGGGUUGGGAAGAAGGCCACCCCUUCCUUACAGCCUUUCUGCACAGACAACCACCAGUUCUCCACGGAGAGCCUUGGAGGGGACAGGCAUCAGAGGAGGCUCACGGAGAAGGGCAUGACAUCUGCCCCUCCUCCGCCUUCACCCACUAGCAUAGGGCCUGCAGGGAGGAGAUGUUGAAGAGAUGUCCACACUCUCUGCCCUCUCCCUGUUAGGCAGGGCAAAAUAAAGACCAGUCGUUCCUUGGAAGGGCCUUACAUUCUGCUGGGGUACUUGCCACGCAGAGAAAUGUGUAUUAGAUCGAUGCGAAGAAUGGAAAGAACAGGCCAUGUGUGGGAUUCCAAGGAGCAGAAGUCAGAUGACACAGCGGAUGAGAGCCUUGGCAAAGGCACAACGCCAGAGAGGAAAAGGUCAUCCCUGGCUCCUCUUCUGUACCACCUGGGCUCUUCUUGAAGGCAGGUGCCAUCUGCCUCAUCUUUAUUCAUCUCCCCAGCACCGAGCAUGGUGCCUGGCACAUAGUAGGUGUUUGUUCAGUCGCACUAUUUAGCCAGGAAGGGGGAUUGGUAGGCCAACACGUGACUAGGAAAGUAUGAUGGGAGACAGGUGAUGAAGGGUCACAUCUGGAGCCUCCCAGCUAGUCUGGCAGAUGACUGGCCCUGGGGAAGACUGACGAGGUGGCUCUUCAGGCCUAGCAUCCAGGCACGUGUCCUGCUCAGAAACCAGUAAUCAUGAAAGGCAAAGUCAGUGCCACGAUUACAGGGCUCCACAUUGGGAGCCCUCACACACUCCCCUCACACACUCCACGUCUACAU